CACAUGCACACCCAUCUACAAACAAUAAAACACAACCACACGCUCACACACACUGCAUAUUAACAUUAACAAAUCAUGUUCCAGCCAGAGUACGAAAAGCGUUUACUGGGCCAGUGCCUCAGUGGACCAUCAUUUCCCGAUGAGCGACUAAUACCGCAACGUGCCGGCAACACUUGGAGCCGCAACUUUGCCUUGAAUGAGAAAGUGGAUCCGAAGAGAGGCAACUGUCGGCGCGCUGCGGCGCAAGAGGAUAAGAGGAACACGCUAUAUGCCUGCUUGCUGCGCAAUGAAUUUCUGGGCUCGGAAAUUGCAUCCCUGGAUGCGUGUAAGACAAAUGACAAGUAUCGCUGCGAUGUGGGGGACUACAAGGAGCGCGAGAAUACGCGUCUUUAUACGUAUCGACAGCCAAGGGAGCCCAGCCAUCAGCCUUUUGCGGCCGUUAAUUUGGCCAGCCAACGACUCCUGAGCAUGCCCAUUCGGCCGACGCGAAAGCUAUCGCGACUGCCCUACAAAAUACUGGAUGCGCCGGAGCUGCAAGAUGAUUUCUAUUUGAACCUGAUCGAUUGGUCGUCAACGAACAUGCUAGGCGUGGGUCUGGGCUGUUCCGUCUAUCUGUGGAGCGCUAACAACGGUCAGGUGACGCGCCUGUGCGAUCUCAGCAACGAGGACAAUCCUGUGACUGGUGUGUCCUGGCACGAGAGUGGCCGCAAACUUGCAUUGGGCACAUUUAGUGGUUAUGUGAGCAUUUGGGAUGCCAGCCGGCAGAAGCUGAUAACAAAGUUUGAGGGGCAUUCGGCACGCGUAGGUUGUCUGGCCUGGAAUUGUAAUUGCCUCGCCAGCGGCUCAAGAGAUGGCACCAUCCUAGUGCGCGAUACACGCGCUUCACCAUCCACACAAGCAGUGCGCUCCAUGAAAGGACAUACACAGGAGGUGUGUGGCUUGGGAUGGUCACUGGGCGGUCAAUAUUUGGCCAGUGGUGGCAACGAUCGGCGCGUGCUCAUCUGGAGCAAUCAGAGUAACGAUCCACUGCACAGGUUCGAGAAGCACAAGGCAGCUGUGAAGGCGUUGUCUUGGUCGCCGCAUAAGCGUGGCUUGCUGGCUACCGGGGGCGGCACUUCUGAUCGCUGUCUACGCUUCUGGAAUGCGCACACCGGCCAGUUGGUGCAGUGCAUCGACAGCGGCUCACAGAUCAGUAACUUGGCCUGGGCACCCGAAUCUCAGGAACUAGUGACCACACAUGGUGUUGGGCAGCCGCAGCUCAUAGUGUGGCGUUAUCCCUCAUUGAAGCAGGUGGUGCGGCUUUCGGGGCAUUCACAUCGUGUGGUCUACUUGGCCGUUAGUCCGGAUGGCGAAUCGAUUGUGACGGGUGCUGGCGAUGAGACACUGCGCUUCUGGAGCGUCUUCACCAAGCGACAGCCGCAAAAGGCCGGCGAUUCGGUGCUGGCUCUAAAUUACGACAUGCGCUAAGGCCAGGCAGGUCUUCUACAACCCAUUCUGAAAGCCACUGACAAUUUAAUUGGGUUGCCAGUCGUGUCAACACCUGCCACCCAGCACUCUCCAGUCUGUUUCGUUCGUACCCUGGCCAGUGCGACCAGAUUAGUUGCUAAUUAAACGCCAAUUGUAAAUGUU